UCUGUGUUCGGAAUGAACGUCGUAGAGUUCAAUUCAGGAUCUCUACAGACGCUUGGUCGCUACGUCGAGGUCACCGUUUCGCUCACGCUCUUCACAAUUUACACCGUCGUCACGCUUCAGACGUAUAGCUCAUUCCACGACCACAAUGCUCCAUUCCUGAGACGUGCAGUGUGGCCAAUUCUUACUUUAUGGAAGAUCGUGCAUAAGAGAAGGGGAAAGAUGGGAAAAGACAUGGUGUGAGCCUUGAAGAUAUUCGAGGAUUCACAUCGCACGAUCUAUAUACAUUUUACGAGCUACGUAUGUGUUGUAACGACUGCUGACACUGUUUGCUGUGUGACUGUCCAUGUGGACACCAGAUUAUCUUCCAAGUUCCAAUGUGUUCGUGUACAUUUUUGGUCCAUCCCUCCGAUAAGCUGUUUGCAUUAAUAUUGUCACUACAAUCUGAAUUCGCCCACAAUCCUAAUCUCUUCAAACACCAUGGCCACACCAUCAGAUGCCAAACCAACCUACAUUUACAAGCUCAUUCCAACAUCAGCAGCCCCACCUGAUCCCCUUCCUGAACGGCUUCCCGUGAGCGACCUUGACCAGACGGAUGGCUUCAUCCACCUCUCCACCGCACACCAGGUCCCAAACACACUCAAUUGGUUCUUCAAAGACCACGCCAAAGUUUACAUACUCCGCAUCCCUUACGACCCUGUCGAUGAGAACAUCAAGUGGGAAGAUCCAAAGGCAGAGGUGUGCGGUCCGCGCGGAGGGGAGGGCAUGUUUCCACACCUCUACAACGAGUUUAAGCUGGGCAAGGACGAGGUAGAGAGCGUGCAGUUAUGGGAGAAUGGGCCUGGUGGAUGGGACUCGGUUCUGCAGGCAGCAGAGGGAUGGCUUGUUUAUUGAUGCGUGUUGUUUGCGGGAUUAUAGCGAUAGUGUGCAUAUCCGGAAAUCCGUUCCUGCUCCAAGACCUUCGACGGGCUGUAGCUGAAAUGAAGAUGAUUCAAUCCAGAUCAUGAUGAAUUCACACGAUCUUCACAUGCGUGCUUUUACGUUCUGAAUCUGCCGUGUUUAUCGACUCGGAAGGGCUGGCAGCCUGAGGUCGAACACUUUGUAUCAUCGUUCAUGAUCAACAUAAUAUCAGUGUCUGCCUGUCUACAGGCCCUAGAGUGCCGUAUUGACUUUUC